UUGAAAAAUUUAAUCUAAACGGAAGUUUUUAUUUUGAGUCGAUAGUAUGAAAUGGAAAUAUAAUUAAUUUAGUUUAGCAUUGUUUUUAUGUCAUAAAAUGGAUAAAAAACAACAAUUACUUAAUCAUGAAAGUUACCUUUUGAAGGAAAUAGAGCAUUAUGAAAAGCGAAUUAAAGAAGCGUUAGAAAAUGAGAAAUCCAAAGCAACUUACAUUGAAAGUGAUAGCUCUGAUUUAGAAUAUGAAUUGAAAAUAAAUAAUGAAUCAUCAUUAUUGGACUUGAAGCUUGAAAAAAAACAGCUUAAAACAUGUUAUUUGGCAACAGCUGAACUGGCAGAUGUAACCAUUGUGCAGUCUGAGAUGAAUAUUCUUCCUGAAGACCCUGAAUUUGAUGGAGUACCAAUAACAGAGCCCGGUGUGUGGAAAGAGGUAAUGGCAGAAUGCAGAAUAGGAAUGGUACCAUUUUCAAUCAGCUUCUUCUCUCACCAAGCUAGUCGCCCAUUUGCUCCAAUAGCCUUUAGGAACCUCCAAGUGUUGCCAAUUAAAAAACCUCAAGAAUUGGAACUAUCUAAAUCAGUGUUGCCACGUUUGACGAGACCAUCUGAUACUAUACUGACACUUCGAAGUUAUGAAAAUGCCUACCGCUCAAGACGGACUACAUUAGCUAAUUUAUCGGACAAAUAUGGUGACUUUUUGUCCUUGGAAGCAAAGGCUGAUGGAGGCUAUAUACUAAAAUGCGACGAAAUAUUGAACAUGACAUGGUUAUUGCAAAACAAGAAUUCUCAUUUAACUCGAUUCCAACACAGAAUGAGCUUUGAUUUGGAAUAUAUUGAUGAAUCGUAUGUAAAAAUAGUUCGAAAAGCGAACAAGAAGCUUGAAAAUCAAUCGAUACAGACAGAAGAAAGGACACAGUUACUCGCUGCCAUAAUAGAUGCAUGUCUUCAAGCCAAAGCUUCGCUGGAAAGCCAAUCUGAAAGCGAAAACGAUAGGGUGACAGAGACACCUCAAACUGAUGAAAAUAUUAUGGCUCCACCCAAAACUAUUCCAAAGAAAUCAAAGAAAGCAUCCCCAAGACCAGCUGUGGUCGAAAAUAGUCUUAAAAAAGCUAAAACUUUGAAAGCAAAUGUGAAUUCAAAGAAAGAUAUCACAGCUGAUAGUAAAAAUGUACCGCCUACUAACAAAAAUACAGAUGACGCACGCACUGAAUUGAUAAGCAAUGAAAAUGUAGAAAGAGUUUAUAAUAUACAAGGAAAGGAACAGUCUAAAGUAAAUGUUGCCAGUGAAAAAGAUAUACAAACAACAGAUGCCACGAUUAAAUCUGUUAAUGUUACCAACAAGAAAAAGAUUCAAAUUAUUGAAGAUAUAAUUAUAAAGCCGGGAAAUAGUAAUUUAGAAAAUAAGAAGAGAAAACUUGAUGCUACGGAAAAGAUACCUGUUAAAAAAAUUAAGUCUAAUGUAGAAAAUAGGAAAGAAAAUGUAAAUAUGGACAGUAGAAAAACUAAUACAGACAAGACAGAUAAAGUGACAGAAAAGCAAAACUCUAAUACAAACUUAGCGACAAAAAAUAAUGACAAGCCGAAGAAAGAUAAUGAAAACAAGGAAAUAAACAUAAAUGGUUCUAAUGGAAUUGAACAACUUCAAAAAAAGGUUGAAAAACAAAUUGGACCUAAAAUUACUAAAGAAGUUCAAAAGGUGUCAACAAAUACACAAAAUAAAGAAAAAACUGGAAAAAUAACUCUAAACAAACCUGGCAAUUCACAGAAGAUAAUUGGUUUACAAAAAGAAAACCCCAGAAAUUCAAAUAAAAUUACUGAAGUAAUGCAUGUGAAAAUGGGUAAAACAAAUAAAAUUGGGAAUACGCAAAAGCAUAAACCUGUUACACAGAAAGUAAAUGAAAAUACAAAAAGUGGUAACCCAAAGGCACAGAAUUAUAACAAGGAUAAAGGAAAUACACCAAGUAAGGAGCAGGGAGAGAAAAGAAAAUCUUUAGGCAGCGGUGGUAAAUCGAAGAUACCUCAAAAGAAGCCAGAAUUUAAGAAUCCGCAGACAGGUAAAAUUAAACCGUCGAGUCUUCUGGUAAAGACGAAACCAACAAAUAUACCAAUUGUGAAGCGGCCAUAAUUGUGGAACGAUUAGAAUUUUAACACCUUUGAAGUAUAUUAUAGGUCGGUUAUCGAAAGCUGGCGCGUUCACAGUACUCACACUAAUGCAAUUUCACUAUACAGUAUGUUUAAAAAUAUGACUUUUUUGCCAAGCUAUAUAUUUUAGUCUACUCUGGUUUUA